AUGCUACUGCUUUUCAAAUAUCCGCGGGACAAGCACUCACGCAUGGCCUUGCGUUUGGUGCUGAUAGUCCUCAACAGAGGCCGCCCCUGUGCAGCGUUCAAGAAGCACAUCAAAUUUGAGGACAUGGAUCCAGUCGAGCUGCGCAUAGAAGUGCCCUAUGGUUUUCUCGCCGCUAAAGUCUGGGGUCCCGCUGACGGCAAACGCGUCGUCGCAUUGCAUGGAUGGCUGGACAGCGCCGCCACCUUCGACACGUUGUGUCCCCUCUUGGACUCCUCCUUGAGGAUCGUCGCGCUAGACUUCGCGGGCCACGGCAACUCAUCGCACAGGCCUCCAGGUUGCCGGUACAACAUCCUCGAAUACGUCAUCGAUGUUCGCCGUGUCGUUGACCACUUGAAGUGGGAUCGAUUCUGCAUUGUUGGUCACAGUAUGGGCGGCAGCACGGCUAUUAUGUUCGCGGGACUCUUCCCGGAUCGCGUGUUGUCCCUGAUCACCCUGGACGUCGUGGUUCCGACGGUGAUCGUUGACUCAGUACAUCGGUUCGGUGAUCGCGCAUGGCAUCAACAAGUUCCUGAAGCUGGAACCGUUGACGAAGAACCCUUCCCCCGUGUACAGUGUGGAUGACCUGUUGGAACGACUCGAAAGUGCAAGUCCCGGGCAGCUCAGCGAGAAGUCGAAGAAAGUCCUUCUAAGCCGAGGCACGCAGUCAGUGGAAUGCGGAUUGGUGCUAAAGAGGGACAUACGUGCUAAAACGGGCAAGACGUUCGUCGUACCGUUGGAGACUCAAAAGGCUAUCGUGUCCCGAUACAAAGGGGACAUGCUCAUCUUCCGGGCCACUGACGGCGCCUCAGUUCAACAACUGCAAAGAUUUGGAUGCGAAUUUCAUUAAGUCGUACAAGAAACACUGCAAGAGGUUUGAGUAUGUCGAGCUGCAAGGUGGCCACUACGUUCAUCUGAACCAACCUGAGCUUCUGGCUCCUGUGAUUAACCGCUUUCUUUGCCUUUCUGAACUCGGGAAAGCGC